AUGGACAGCAGUGACCCACAGGAUGAUGAAAGAGGAAGCAUAAGGAAAGAGAAUGAUGGAGAAAAAGAUAAACAACUGAAGAACCAGCUCAACAGUGAGGAAAAAGGAGAGAAGGAGAUCAAAGGAAAUGAGAAGGAGAAGAAGAAAGAGAGCCGACGUUCUGGGUCUCUAUGGAGGAGUGGAUGGGCUUUGAGUGAAAGACUCGCCAUCAAUGUCUCAGGGAUGCGUUACGAAACUCAGCUCCGCACCUUAGCCCAGUUCCCUGACUCCAUGCUUGGUGACCCCAGGCGGAGGUCACGGUACUUUGACCCGCUGCGAAAUGAGCUCUUCCUGGACCGCAAUCGGGCCUGCUUUGAUGCCAUUCUGUAUUUUUACCAGUCAGGCGGGAGGCUUCGCAGGCCAGCAAACAUACCCCUGGACAUCUUCAUGGAUGAGCUGUUGUUCUACGAGCUCGGAGAGGAAAUCAUGAACCGCUUCAAGGAGGACGAAGGUUUUCCAAAAGAGGAGGAGAGGCCGCUGCCAUCCAAUGAAAUCCAGAAAAGACUGUGGAUGCUGUUUGAGCACCCUGAGUCCUCAUCGGGUGCACGUAUCAUAGCCAUCAUCAGUGUUAUGGUCAUUGUGGUGUCCAUCCUCAUCUUCUGCCUGGAGACACUGCCUGACUUCAGGAAUGAGAAAGAGUCACGAGAGGAAUAUUUUUACAGGUACCACGCCCAGGCAAAGAAUGUCUCCGAGAACAUGCCUCCUCCACAAAGUGUUUUCCAUGACCCCUUCUUCAUGGUAGAAACCAUGUGCAUAUGCUGGUUCUCCUUCGAGCUCGUCAUGCGCUUCGCUUGCGCCCCCAGCAAGACGCACUUCUUCAAGGAUGUCAUGAACAUCAUCGAUUUCAGUGCCAUCCUGCCCUAUUUUGUCACUCUGGGAACAGAGCUGGCCAAGGACAAUGAUGCCAGCCCAGCAACAUCCUUGGCCAUCAUCAGAGUCAUCAGGUUAGUGAGGGUGUUCAGGAUCUUCAAGUUGUCUCGUCACUCAAAGGGCUUACAGAUCCUUGGACAGACAUUGAGGGCCAGCAUGCGUGAGCUGGGCCUGCUUAUCUUCUUCCUGUUUAUUGGCGUCAUCCUCUUCUCCAGCGCCAUCUACUUUGCUGAGGCUGACCACACCAACACAGCCUUUAUCAGUAUACCACACGCCUUCUGGUGGGCAGUUGUCACCAUGACCACAGUGGGGUAUGGUGACAUGUACCCAGAAACAGUGUGGGGUAAGCUGGUGGGCUCAAUGUGCGCCAUUGCUGGCGUGCUUACCAUCUCACUUCCAGUGCCUGUCAUAGUAUCCAAUUUUAGCUACUUCUACCACCGGGAGACUGAGUGUGAGGAUCAGACGGAGUACACCCAUGUCAAGACAUCACUCUGGGAAGAUGAGGAGCCAGAAGGGGAGGAAAUAGAUGAAGGGGAUAGGGAUCCAGAGGGGGAUUAUUAUGCCAUUGAAGGCAUCUGUAACCCUCUGAAUGGGACUCUGCUGGGUGGACUGUGUACAGGGCAGAGCACAGAGUUCAGAGAGGGAAACUUGUAUCUGAGAGAGCCACUGGUCACUCAGGUUUAAUGAGGGUACAUUGUGCACUUGUCAAAACAUAGUAGGAAGAGACUGAAAUGGAUGAAUGAAAAAAUAAAUAAAAAAA